AUGGAUGUGGACCGUCGCUCAUGUAGUGACCUAGAUUGUGGGAGAUUUGAGUUCUUCCCUCUCAAGACCAAAUUUGGCUGUAGUACGUUUGUUUAUGAAACAGCCGUCUUAGAUGUUGCGCGAAACGACGAGAUCUUCUCAGGUCAGGAAAUAAUGGAGUUCGAAAGAAAGAUUAAGAAGGAUGGACAGAAAUAUAUAAGCUUAGCAGAUUUAGUGAGUUUACUACCGGCUGCAUCAAAAGCUCUAAGGAGAGCCUUCAAAUUCAUUGUCUCUCAUCCAUACGAGUUUACACGAGGAAUCAAUUUUACGAACGAAGAUAGAGGAUUGUUCUCCUGUGAGAGAAUAUGCUCUUUCCUGUACUGGUAUCAAAUGAAAUGUACCCAAAGGACAUCGUUGAUCAAUUUUGCUGCAGAUGUCGAUGAGAUAAAUAUAGAGAGACUCUAUGAGCUGGCAGAUCAACUGAUCACAGAUAAGAUGGCAUUUCUAAGCUCUGCUUCCAACAUCGAAAAAAAAUGUUAUGACGUCAUCAUAAAAGCAGGAAUCAUGACAUACUUCGGCAGUCGUGAUAACAUCAGAAUUGUGGAUCUUCUUCUGUCUAACUUACUCGACGAAGCUUGUUUUGCUGCCGAUGUUAGUAACGCUGAUGACCUCAACGUCAACCCUCUAAUGAAUUGGUUCUCUUAUCAAAGUUUCUCCAAAAUUCUGAAAGAGUAUCGCUUCUGUGAUAUCAGCAGACAAGGCCUGUUACGUGUAUCAGAUACAUCGCGAAUGUUCGGAGGUAUUUUCAACCCUGUGUUCAUACGUGGAGUCUUCCGAACAUCUAGCACUUACGAAACAGAGCCUGAUUCUAAAGGAGCCAAACAGAAGGCACUCGAUUUUCAUCUUUUCGUCACAGCCUUGAGAGCUGUCAGAUAUAUUUCCUCCGUGUUCCCAAAUGAAGUUUCCAUAACAGAAAAGACAUCUGUACGAUACGUUUUUAACUGUCUCGAUGAGGAUGUAGCAGGUUAUUUAACUCGUCAAAACGUUUUGCAUAUCGUUUACAAUAACAUCGAAAACGCUAAGACACUCAACUUCAUCGAUGAUGUGGACGAAGAAAGCUUGACAGAUGAGAUAUUCGAUAUGGUAAAUCCUGAGCUGGAAGACAGAAUAACUGUGAAUGAUCUGUUCCGUUCUCGUCAAGCCAAUUUGAUUCUGGGCAUUAUGAUAGAUGCCAGACAGUUUGUCGAUUAUGAGAAUCGUGAAGCAACCUAA